CUCGCAUUGGUCGCAUACACUGGUCAUCUCGAGCCGCCAAAUAUAUUACCUUAAGACUACUGCUUCAACCAGACACAUCUACAAUGGCUGCUCCGCGUCGUCCCCCUCCAGCUUAUACAGCUCCUGCUGAUUCUGGAGUCCAUGCUACCUCAAAGCUGUACCGAAACAUCUCGGAAACAGCUUCCGAGUCCUCCAAACGAACUCUAGAGUCAUCCUUCACUAUUCGUCCAUGCUCGGGCCAAGCUUGGGUAGUACCAGCCGGGCACAUCUGCCGUCUCACAACGCCGAAGGGUCCUCAAGUGGGUGAUCUUAACAUCUGGAAUGCGAAUAACCCUCGCGAAAGACUCUGGGCAGCGCGCACUCGUCAGAUCCACGCCUCCCAUGUCUCGGUUGGUGACCGCCUGUGGUCGAACCUGCCAUACUUGCGCCCUCUAAUUACCAUUACAGGUGAUUCGCUAGCAGGUGGGCAACUUCACGAAGUUUUGGAUGAGAAUGGCAAGCGAAAAGAAGGAAAGGGCUUCGGCACAACGCAGUUCGGAGGGCGCGUGCACGACCUUCUUGGUACCCGUUGUGAUCCUUAUGUGAAUCUGGUCAUGGGUGGGGAAAGCUUCGACUUCCACUGCCACUCUAACCUGACCCGUGCUGUUGCUCCGUAUGGUCUGACAGAGCUUGACGUGCAUGACGUGCUCAAUGUCUUCCAGGUGACGGGACUCGAUGAGGAAGGAAAGUACUUUAUGGAGACUUCUCCUGCAAAGCCGGGAGAGUACUUUGAGUUCUUCGCUGAAGUUGAUGUACUCUGCGCACUGUCGGCAUGUCCUGGAGGUGAUCUGUCAAACUGGGGCUGGGAGGAGAAGGCAGAUAUGGGGGCUACCACACGUCCCCUAGGUGUUGAAGUGUAUAAGUUGACGGAUUCCAAGGUGCUUGAUGACUGGAAAGAGCCUCAAAGCCCCAAGUAUGCUGGUAUGCACGGUAUGAAGAUGCCACAGAGGGUGGAUGACGGAUCUGGUUAUGUUGGGCUGUAAAUGUUGGGGAGGAUCUAUAAUAUGAUGUAUGAUAUACAAUGAAUGACCAGAGUGUCCGCAUACCACGCCGAACCGAAUGGCUAUUCAAAGC